UAUUUUGGUCUUAAUCAGGCAAUCGUCCAGUUUUGCGUCAAAUUUCGAAAAUUGUGUAGUUAAGUCCACCACUUUUUUGUGAUGGUAUUGCCCGAAUGAGAAAAUGGCGGACGUCUACAUUCGAAAAGCCGAGACCAGACGACGUGGAGACUAGACGACGCAUGUCUAGCUGUUAUCGUGGCCUAACAAUUGUAUAACUUCCCAAACAAUAUCCUGACAUCGGAAUUUAGCGUUUUCACAAAGCUUGGUAAAUCUGGGAUACUUUAAGAAGUCAAAUCUGUUGAGCGAAGGAGUGUGAUAAAGCUAAAUUUAGCGGUUCAACAUUCAGCGAUGACGGAAGGCGACAUCAAUUUCUGGGACUCCCUUGAGACUUUAGGCCAUGAACUUUUGGAUCGCGAAAGAGAGAUUGUUCAGAAAAGACAACCUGCUACAGAAAAGGCCAAGACACCUACCUCAGAGAAUGGAGAGAGUGGUUCCAGAGGACAAGUGUUGAGAGCUAUCGAGCGUCUUACCGAAACCAUGAUUGUUGCAUUGUCCAAAGAACAGUCUCCAGUGCUGACUUACAAAGAUAGAAGGAACUCCUCAAAUGUGUCAUUCGAUGAGGAUUUCGGAGUCGUUCCCAGCGACACUAUUGCAGUCAAGACGGUGGACUUCUCGGCAAUAAAGUCGACGACAAGAUUUGCAAGAACUUUACAAGUCCUUGCCAUAAGUUACCGGCUUGUACAGACGAACACAUACUCUACAAAACGGGACGUCUUUUACAACAACACGAAGUUGUUUGGUAGCCAGCGUGUGCUUGAUACGAUAGUUGACGACAUCGCCUGUAUGUUGAAUGUACCCAGGCAUAGUCUGCACAUCUUAGCAACAUCAAAAGGUUGUGUAGCCGGAGAUCUAACGCUGGUAGACAGUGAUGGCAGUUUUCUGGACUGUUCUGUAGCAAGCGGAGGAACCAUGGUGCCAGCACAUGUGCAACAUAUCACAAACCUACACUCAAAUGCCAAGUUUGUGCUAGUUGUGGAAAAGGAUGCCACUUUCCAGAAGUUACUGGAUGAUGGCUUCUGCAGGAAGCUGGCACCUUGCAUCAUGGUCACAGGCAAGGGAGUACCCGACCUCAACACACGUAUGUUAGUCCACAAACUGUGGAAGGCCUUCCACAUACCUGUCUUUGCUCUGGUGGAUGCUGAUCCCCACGGUAUGGAAAUCAUGUGUACAUACAAGUAUGGGUCCAUGGCGCUUUCACAUGAAUUCCACAGCCUGACUGUACCCACCCUGAAGUGGCUCGGAGUGCUGCCUUCAGACAUCAGACGACUCUGCAUCCAAGAGGAUGUCCUCUUACCCAUGAAUGACUCGGACAGAGCAAAAGCAAGGGAGCUACUUGAGAAGCCCUUCCUUUCCGCUGAGCCGUUGUGGAAGAGAGAGUUAGAGGAGUUCCUCACAAGAGACAGAAAGGCGGAAAUUCAGUCUCUCAUUUCCAUUUCUCCAACCUUCCUAACAGAUGUGUACAUUCCUAACAAAAUCAAGUUUGGAGGCUGGAUCUAAUGGCAACCUUUAUAAAGAUUUUGUCUGACCAGUCACCACAUCUGUGGGACAACAAUGAUAAAUGUUUACUCCUAUGAACUGAAGGACUGCUAGAGGGUUGCAUAUAAAGAAAUUAGUUGAAUGCAUGCCAUAAAUAUAUUCAUGACUUUUUGAGGACAUUCUACAUAUUGUUUUGUAUCAUUAACCAUUCAUUUUCUUGUAUUGUCAUAAGCCACCAACAUUUCUUGCAUAUCUUCUUUUGUUAUGAAAUAUGAUAGGCACCAAGGUUUAGAUUUAUCAAGUAAACCCUCAGGUAUUCAUGUAGUGGAUUGUAACUGAAGAUGCUAUAAGGUACCAGAGGACAGGCAUUGUAAAUACUGUGUACAAAGAUUAUGUUUCACAUAAUACAGUGGAUAUGUUGUGAUGAAUAAAAUUCAAUUUGUGUGUUUCAAAGAUGUCACAUCAUUUGCAAGUGUAGUGAAUAGACACUUUUCUAGGAAUGUAUACUACGUAGUACAUUUUGCAUACAUGUAAGUACUAGUAGUGUCAAGGCUGUAAUGUC